UGGCUAAGUCAGUAGUUGGGUACUUUGGUUGGCCUUUUUUCCUCUUCUAUCUAGCUACUUGCGAGGUGGGUUUUUGUUUGUAUCUGCUUGUUCUGAACUGUUCAGGGGAGCUUGGCUUUUCUUUGCAUGUGUUUGCGAGUGUUUGUCUCCUUGCUGCUUUUUCUGGGUUGGCGAGUUUUUGAUGCUUCUUGGAUGCUUUGGCCUUUUGGAACUGCAUCAGGGGGGUUGUGCGCUUGUUUAUUUUGCUCACCCUUUGUGUUCUAGCUUUGGGCUUGUAGUUUUGCAGUUUAUUGCAUGCUCUAUCUACCGAUCUUCUUUCCUUGCUGUUCAUCCAUUGCUUAUUUACUGUUGUGUGGGGCCUAAGGUCUUCAGUUUGAACGGGAAAGAGUUUCAGGCAAUCAGAGGUUCGAACUAGGAUAGUAUUGUGAUGCUGAUGCUGAUCCUGAUCCUGAUCCUGAUCCUGAUCAAUCAUUAAGUCAUUUUGAUGAACAAAUGUACUCUUGUCUAUGCAAGCAAAUAUCAUGUUUAACACCUUGUGUACCCACCACCAUUACCCACCCACCCCCGUCUCUCUCUCUCUUUCUCUCUCUAGUUUACAUUCAUAGUGGUUCUUUAUUAACUUGACAAUGACCACCUCUAACUUGGCCUCUUCUUCUUCUUCUUCUUCUUCUUCUUCUAAUCUCUCUAUUCCAGGUCUUAGUAUAAGCAACCAUGCCCAUAAAACAGAAGAAAGAAAGCCCAGAACUUCACCUUGUGAUUAAAACCAAGGAGUGCAAUCCUAUGAACCCCUUUCAAGAGGCUUCUAAUGGCAAAUGGCAGAGCCCAGCCCCAUCUACUUCUAAAAACAGAGACAGCAGAACAAGAAGAAGAGGAGGAGGAGACUCUUCCACUUCGAAGCCGGCAAUUGAAUACCAAAUUCCAGGUAGCUGUUGUUUAGAGAGUAGAAGUUGUUUGGGAGAAGCUGCAGAGAUUCCUCUUCCUUCUUCAAGCAAGACUCUCAGGUUUCCCUCAAGACCUGGGCUUGGGCGAGCUGGGACUAGAUGUAUUGUAAAGGCUAAUCAUUUUCUCACCGAGCUACCCGACAAAGAUUUGGCACAUUAUGACGUAACGAUAACCCCCGAGGAUGCCUCGCGCGCUGUGAACAGAAGCAUCAUCGCGGAGCUUGUGAAACUGUACAGAGAAUCUGACCUUGGAAUGAGGUUGCCUGCUUAUGAUGGCAGGAAGAGUCUUUAUACAGCUGGAGAGCUCCCUUUCUUUUAUAGGGAAUUCGGAAUUAAGGUCGUCGACGAAGAAGAUGGAAUUAAUGGCCCCAACUGUAGCAUAAGAGAAUACAAAGUGGCCAUCAAGUUUGUGGGAAAAGCGAAUUUGCACCACCUAGGCCAAUUUUUAGCAGGUAAGCAUGCAGCAGCUCCACAGGAGGCUCUUCAAGUUCUGGACAUUGUUCUGAGACAACUUUCAGAUAAGAGGUACUAUCCUAUUGGGAGAUCAUUCUUCUCUUCAGAUUUUAGAACACCUCAGCGGCUUGGUGAUGGUUUAGAGGCAUGGUGUGGGUUUUAUCAGAGUAUAAGGCCCACUCAGAUGGGCUUGUCCCUAAAUAUUGACACGUCUGCAGCGGCAUUUAUCGAGCCCUUGCCUGUAAUUGAUUUUGUUGCUCAAAUAUUGGGAAAGGGUGCAUUAACAAGGCCGUUAUCUGAUUCUGAUCAUCUCAAGAUUAAAAGGGCACUUACUGGUGUGAAAGUUGAAGUCGUACACAGAGCGCACGUACGAAGGAAAUACCGUAUAUCUGGUUUAACAUCACAGCCUACAAAUGAACUCAUAUUUCCGGUUGAGGACCACUCCAUGAUGUCCGUCGUAGAUUACUUUCAAGAAAUGUAUGGAUUCGCCAUUGAGUAUACACACCUACCUUGCCUUCAAGUGGGGAAUCAGACAAAAGUCAAGUAUUUGCCCAUGGAGGCCUGCAAAAUCCUGGAGGGACAAAGAUAUACAAAGAGGCUGAACGAGAAGCAAAUCACAGCAUUGCUUAAAAUAGCAUGCCAGAGGCCUAAGGAAAGGGAAAAUGAUAUUCUGAAGACUGUUCAACAUAAUGCCUAUCAUCGAGAUCCAUAUGCAAAGGAAUUUGGAAUCAAAAUCAGUGAGAAACUGGCCUGCAUUGAGGCUCGAAUCCUUCCUCCACCUUGGCUUAAAUAUCAUGAUGCUGGAAAAGAAAAGCAGUGUCUACCUCAUGUUGGUCAGUGGAAUAUGAAGAACAAGAAAAUGAUUAAUGGAAGCAAAGUAGCUCGAUGGGCGUGCAUUAAUUUUUCCUGGACCAUCCAAGAGAAUGUUGCACAUGGUUUCUGUCAUGAGCUGGCUGAAAUGUGCCAAGUCUCUGGCAUGGAAUUCAGUCCUGAACCUGUUAUUCCAAUAUACUCAGCCUGCCCGGAACAAGUCGAAGAGGCUCUCAAGAAGGUUUAUCGUGCAUCAGCCAAAAGUAAGGGGAAGGAUUUGGAGCUACUAAUAGCUAUCUUGCCUGACCAAAAUGGUUCUUUGUAUGGUGAUAUCAAGAGGAUUUGUGAGACAGAUUUGGGAUUAAUAUCACAGUGCUGUCUAACAAAGCAUGUCUUCAGGGUUUGCAAACAAUAUCUGGCAAAUGUUGCUCUGAAGAUUAAUGUGAAGAUGGGAGGAAGAAACACUGUGCUUUUGGAUGCAAUUGCUUGGAAAAUACCACUAGUCAGUGAUAUUCCAACUAUUAUUUUUGGAGCAGAUGUUACCCACCCAGAGAGCGGAGAGGACGCAAGCCCUUCGAUUGCUGCUGUAGUAGCUUCUCAAGAUUGGCCAGAAAUUACUAAAUAUGCUGGCGUUGUCUGUGCUCAGACACACCGACAGGAGCUUAUACAAGAUUUGUAUAAGACGUGGAAUGAUCCUAUUCGAGGAACAGUGAAUGGAGGCAUGAUUAGGGAUCUACUGAUAUCUUUCAGGAGAGCUACUGGCCAAAAGCCACUGAGGAUCAUAUUUUACAGGGAUGGCGUGAGUGAAGGUCAGUUUUACCAAGUGCUACUUUAUGAGCUAGAUGCAAUCCGAAAGGCUUGUGCCUCUCUUGAGCCGAACUAUCAACCACCGGUGACUUUUGUAGUCGUCCAAAAGCGGCAUCACACGAGGCUAUUUGUCAGCAACCACAAGAAUCGGGCUAGCACCGACAAGAGUGGGAACAUACUACCUGGCACUGUAGUUGAUUCCAGAAUAUGCCAUCCGACAGAAUUCGACUUCUACUUGUGCAGCCAUGCCGGACUCCAGGGGACUAGUAGACCAGCCCAUUACCAUGUUUUAUGGGAUGAAAAUAAUUUUACAGCAGAUGGAUUGCAAUCGCUGACAAACAAUUUGUGCUACACGUAUGCAAGGUGUACACGAUCUGUCUCUAUCGUCCCUCCAGCAUAUUAUGCACAUUUAGCGGCAUUCCGAGCCCGGUUCUAUGUCGACCCUGAAGAACAAAAGAAUGGCUCACUGGGAAACAGCGUACGAACCUCAUGUGGGAGAGGAGAGGCUACAGUGAAGCCACUUCUUGCGCUGAAGGAGAAUGUGAAGAGGGUAAUGUUCUACUGCUAAACUGGAGUAGCAAACAGAAUAUGUAUGUACAGAAAGGAUGGAUGGGAGAUAAUUGUAAUAUUGUAUUAAGUGGGUAGCCCAAGUGGAACUCUCUGUACAAAAGGUUUAUAUUAAUGUAAUAUUUCUAGCUUUAAUCUUCCUA